CCUUCUCAGUUUUUCUUACCGGCGAGGCUUGUGUUUCUCUCGCCUCAAGCCUUUAGUUUGUGGACGAUCUUCAAUAGGUAAAGUUACGUGGUUGUGAAGAGAAAAAUUCUUACAAAUUGUGCUGACCGGUUGAUUUGAAGCAUUUUGUGUUGAAAUAUCCGAAAUAUCACAAGUGCAAGAGAGUUUUUCUGCGGUAAAAUGGCUCAGAAAAGCGCGUCAAGGGCGAAUGGCGUAGAUGGCGGAGACGCGAUGAGAGAGAAUGUGGAAAAGCUUCUUGCGAAGCUCUGCAUCGAUGGCGAGAUCGAGAACAAUCGCUUGACAAAGAAGACGCUUCGAAAGGCUGUUGAAGAAUUCGCGGUGCUGAACGACAUCGAGAAUUUCGAGUUCAAAGAUGUUCAGAAAACGAUGCUCAAACACAAAAUUUGUGCGACGAAGAAAACGAAUCCGUUUAAAUCGCCCUUCUUUAAAGUGUUUGCGUGGAAGAUCCAGAAGUUUGUGAUGAAAUACGGUCAGGAGGAAGAUUUCUUCUAUUCGUACGACUUGGUGUAUAUUUCGACGAUCAAGAAAGACAGAAAUGCUGUCUUGGCAUAUGAGAUUAAGAAGUGCUGCGAGUGCAAGAAGACGUAUAAAAGCCUCACGACUUUUCUCGAGCACAUGAAGACUCACGAUAAAGAUUUGGCCGACGAGGGCUCGCAAAGCAACAAGCAACUGGUUGAAUUGGUGAUGGAAUGCCAAGAGAAGGACGAGAAGUUGAUCUUCAAUGUCCUGCCGAAUAACAGCGAGAUGAAGAUCGCCAUCGAGGGAGUGCUUUUUGAGAUACCGCACUUGCAGAUUUUCUUCGACGUGGCCACUUACGAUGAGGAAGGUUGUAUAAAAUUCGCCAUCAACCGCUCCAUUCUUGCUGUUGACAAUCAACCUUAUUCCGUCAUUCUCUCUGGCACAACGGAUUGCGAGAUGACGAUCUGGACGCAGUAUCACUUCACGCUGGGGAAGUAUAACUAUGCUCUGAAGGAGGAACCGAUAAAGUCUUAUCACAACACAACAACAGUUUUGCCUGAAGAAUUUCCGAAGACAAUCUUGGGACAGUUGCCUGGUCAUUAUCCUUCUCAGGAAAUGAAGUCACUGACGAAGAAGAUGUUCAAGAACACAGACCUCACGGAUGAGGAAGCAGCGCUGCUGAAGAGGAUCAAUGCUUUCUUGAAGAGUAAAUUGACUGUUGCCAAUUACACGCAACUCUGGAAGAUCUUCGUUGAAAUGGAGGAUUGCGAGGAACAAGAGCGAAUCGCUAAAUUGAAUCAAUACGACGUCAAGCUUGAUGCUAAGAGAACAGAUGGAGGAAUCUUCUAUUUUCUUGAGAAUGCGCAUAACGCGGAUUCCUGGCAGAUUCCUGAGGGCAGCGAUGUGCGCAUCUGGCCAUCAAGAGAGAGUAAAUGUGUUGCAGAAGCAAUGUUUGGUUACGUCUAUCAAAUGAGGAAGAAGGACAUUCUGCUGGACAUUAAAAAUCCUGAGCAUUUCGAUAAGAAUUUGCUGUAUGAUGUCUGCUUUUCGCCCAAUCGCGUAACGAUUCAGAUGCAGAAAGAGGCUCUUGAAUAUGUGGACAAACACAUGAUUGAGAAGUUCUUCUUCCCAGACGCGAUUCCGACGCAUUCAAUUGAUUCCUCUGGCUUCGAGUGGAUCAACGACAGCGUGAAGGAGAAUCCGGAGCAACAGAGCGCGAUCAUUCACAUGGUGGAGAAGUCGUCCUUCCCGGCGCCUUACAUCCUCAUGGGACCUCCGGGCACCGGAAAGACCACGACCAUCGUCGAGACUAUUUGUCAGAUUAUCCGGAGGAAGCCUGAAGCAAAGAUCCUCAUUUCGACGACGUCCAACAAUACAACGAACGUGAUUACGCUCCGCUUGCUGAAGUAUUUCAAAGAGAACGAAAUACUGCGACUCUUUUCCAAGUCGCAUACGGAAGAAAUUGAGUCGAUUGAUCCUCGAGUGAUGAAAGCGUCAAAUCUGAAGUACAAUGCGCAUUAUUAUCCCACUCUGGAUGAACUGUACAAAUAUCGCGUUGUCCUCACGACUCUUGUAACUGCUGGAAGGUUGACUCAGAUGAAAAUUGAUCCUCGACAUUUCUCGUACGUCUUUAUUGACGAAUGCGGCAGUGGAACGGAGCCUUCGACGCUGAUUCCCAUCGCAGGCGUUGUGUCGUCUUUGGGAGAGAUUCAUGCUCAAGUGAUCCUUGCCGGAGAUCCGAAGCAGCUUGGGCCAGUUGUGAUGGUGCUUAAAGCUCAGCCGCGUCUCGGAAUCUCUCUUCUGGACCGCUUGGUCGACUCUGGGAUUUACGCCAAAGAUCCUGAGACGGGAAAAUACAAUCCGCGGGUGAUGACGAAGCUGCUGCGCAAUUACAGAUCGCACCCGAAGAUUCUGGAGUUCCCGAGCGAUGCUUUCUACGACGGAGAUUUGAUUGCGGAAGCCGACAAAGAGAUCGCGUUCUGGGCUUGCGAUUGGCAGCUUCUGCCCAAUCCGAAGAUCCCCAUCAUCUUCGAGAACGUCGAAGGAGAAGCCAGAAGCAGCGUAAACUUUCCAAGCUUGUUCAAUUGGAAAGAAGUUUCGCGAGUGCUUUUCUAUAUCAAUAAGAUAUUGAAGGCGAAAAGUGUGUUCGGAAAGGCAAUCACCCAAAAGAGCAUUGGCGUGAUUUCUCCUUACAAAGCACAGUGCCAGAAAAUAGCUAAAGCUUGCGCACGGAUGAAACUGGAUGAUAUAGAAAUUGGGUCCGUGGAGAAAUUCCAGGGCAACGAAAAGCCCAUCAUCAUUCUCUCAACGGCCCGAUCUAAGAUGAAUUCAGUGGGAUUUGUUGGGAAUCCGAAGCGUCUCAACGUGGCUGUGACACGAGCGCAGGCUUUGCUGAUCAUCGUUGGAAACGUCGAGACGCUGGAGAAGAGUGUCACGUGGAGUAAAUUCAUCUCUUUUUGCAGGGACAACAAUGUGAUGAUAAAUUAAAUGGAUACCGGCGAUGAUAAUGGACAACUUAAUUUAUGAUAAUUAUGCUUAGUUGUUAAUUUAUGUGAAUUUUCAAGUUUUUCAGACGUCUCGAUUAGAGAGUAAAAUAUGAAUUUCAUUACUUAACUGAUGUAGAAUCAUACAGAACUUCCUUAUUUUAUUUUUCUUUACCUUUUUCUAUGUAUGAAUUUGACCGUUACUAUGUAGUGAACU